AUGGCGUCCUCUGCCGGCGACGAAAUCUACCAGCUCGAGCUGCUCUCCCUCACCUCCAAGAUUACAAACGAGCUGCUCAACCACACCGGCAUCAAUGACCGCGUGCUGGCCGAGUUUGUCAUUUCGCUCCACGAGCAGUCAAAGUCGAUCGACGACUUCAAGGCCAAGCUCGCAGAGGUAGGCGCAGAGUUCCCGCUCUCGUUUGUCACCAACCUCGACCGCCUCAUCCUCAGCAUGCACCCAAAGCACCGCAAAAAGGCCCAGGCGCCCGCGUCAGCGCCGUCGUCGUCGGCCGCCGCCGCCGCCGCAGCCAACGGCAAGGCCAAGCAGGCCGACGCCGACGCCGCCCUCGACGAGGAGAGGGAGCGCAAGAAGCGCAUGUUCCCCGGCCUUGCCAUCCGCGACCAGGAGUGGCAGGCGCCAGAGGACAAGAAACCGGAGCGCGGCGCCGAAAACGCCGUCGACGCAUUUAUGAAGGAGUUUGAGGACAUGGCCAACCGCCGCACCGGAGCGCCAGCGUCAGACGGGCGCAGCCCAGGAGGAUCCGGAAGAGGGCCGAGGAGUGGCAGCCGCGGGUCGAGGUCGCCGCCGCCGGCGCGGGACGGCGACCGGUACGCCGACGACCGCCGCAGCCGACGACGCUUCGACGACGACGACGAACGCGACGGAGGCUACACGAGGCGAGGCCGCGACGAGAGGCCGCCGCACCACCUCACGCGCAACGCGCCCGACGAGAAGCCGGUCAUGUACAAGAUCUACGACGGCAAGGUGAGCGGCAUGAAGGACUUUGGCGCGUUUGUCAGCCUCGAGGGCCUGCGGGGCAAGUUCGAGGGCAUGGUCCACAUCGGCUCCAUUGCGGCCAACUCGCGCGUCAACCACCCGUCGGACCUGCUGUCGCGCGGCCAGCGGGUCAAGGUCAAGGUCAUGUCGAUGGUGGGCGGGCGGAUCGGCCUGUCGAUGAAGGACGUCGACCAGGCGACGGGCCGCGACCUGACGCCGCACCUGCGCAUCAAGUCCGAGGCCGAGAUGGCGGCGGACCGCGAGCGGAUGAGCGCCAGGCCGGGCGGCAACAGCGCCAAGCGGCUGACGAGCCCGGAGCGCUGGGAGCUCAAGCAGCUGAUCGCCAGCGGCGCCGCCAAGGCGAGCGACUACCCGGAGCUGAUGGAGGAGGAGCUGCGGACGCCGACCGUGCGCGGCGGCGGCGGCGGCGGCGGCGGCAUCCCGGCCGACGACGACGAGGACAUCGACAUCGAGGUCAACGAAAAGGAGGCGCCGUUCCUGGCGGGCCAGACGAGCCUGUCGCUGGAGCUGUCGCCGGUCAAGAUUGUCAAGGCGCCCGACGGCACGCUCAACCGGGCGGCGCUGGCGGGCGCGUCGCUGGCCAAGGAGCGGCGGGAGCUGCGCCAGCAGGAGAUCAACGACCAGGCCGACGGCGAGGUGCGCGACAUGAGCUCCGGCUGGCAGGAUCCGAUGGCGCAGCAGGGCGACCGGGUGUUUGCGCAGGACAUGCGGGGCAACCUGCUGGGCCAAAAGGCGCAGGACCAGCCGGCGUGGAAGAAGGAGACGUUCAACAAGGCGACGACGUUUGGCCGGAUCACGAGCCUGAGCAUGCAGGAGCAGCGACAGAGCCUGCCCAUCUACAAGCUGCGGCAGCAGCUGGUGCAGGCCAUCCGCGAGAAUCAGGUGCUGGUCGUCGUCGGCGACACGGGCUCGGGCAAGACGACGCAGAUGACCCAGUACCUGGCCGAGGAGGGCUUCGCCGACCGCGGCAAGAUCGGCUGCACCCAGCCGCGCCGCGUCGCCGCCGUCAGCGUGGCCAAGCGCGUGGCCGAGGAGGUGGGCUGCCGCGUCGGCCAGGAGGUGGGCUACACGAUCCGCUUCGAGGACUGCACCAGCCCCGAGACGCGGAUCAAGUACAUGACCGACGGCAUGCUGCAGCGCGAGUGCCUCAUCGACCCGGACGUGUCGCAGUACUCGGUCAUCAUCCUCGACGAGGCCCACGAGCGCACCAUCGCCACCGACGUCCUCUUCGGCCUGCUCAAAAAGGCGCUCAAGCGGCGCCCGGACUUUAAGCUGAUCGUCACCUCGGCCACGCUCGACGCGGAAAAGUUCAGCACCUACUUUCUCGGCUGCCCCAUCUUCACCAUCCCGGGACGCACCUACCCGGUCGAGGUGCUCUAUACAAAGGAGCCCGAGCCCGACUACCUCGACGCGUCGCUCAUCACCGUCAUGCAGAUCCACCUGUCGGAGCCGCCGGGCGACAUCCUCGUCUUCCUCACGGGCCAGGAGGAGAUCGACACGAGCUGCGAGAUCCUCUUUGAGCGGAUGCGCGCGCUGGGCCCCAGCGUGCCCGAGCUCAUCAUCCUGCCCGUCUACUCGGCGCUGCCGUCCGAGAUGCAGUCGCGCAUCUUUGACCCGACGCCGCCCGGCUCGCGCAAGGUCAUCCUCGCCACCAACAUCGCCGAGACAAGCAUCACCAUCGACGGCAUCUACUACGUCAUCGACCCGGGCUUUGUCAAGCAGAACGCCUACGACCCGCGCCUCGGCAUGGACAGCCUCGUCGUGACGCCCAUCUCGCAGGCCCAGGCCCGCCAGCGCUCCGGCCGCGCCGGCCGCACGGGCCCGGGCAAGUGCUACCGGCUCUACACCGAGGCGGCCUACCGCAACGAGAUGCUGCCCAACCCCAUCCCCGACAUCCAGCGCCAGAACCUCGCCUCGACGAUCCUCACGCUCAAGGCCAUGGGCGUCAACGACCUGCUCAACUUUGACUUUAUGGACCCGCCGCCCGCCCAGACGCUCCUGACGGCGCUCGAGUCGCUCUACGCCCUGUCGGCCCUCGACGACGAGGGCCUGCUGACGCGCCUCGGCCGCAAGAUGGCCGACUUCCCCAUGGAGCCCAUGAUGGCCAAGAUGCUCAUCGCCAGCGUCGACCUCGGCUGCAGCGAAGAGAUCCUCAGCAUCGUCGCCAUGCUCAGCGUCCAGAACAUCUUUUACCGCCCAAAGGAGAAGCAGGCGCAGGCCGACGCCAAAAAGGCCAAGUUCUUCCAGCCCGAGGGCGACCACCUCACCCUCCUCACCGUCUACAACGGCUGGGCCGCCAGCAAGUUUUCGCAGCCCUGGUGCAUGGACAACUUUGUCCAGGGCCGCUCCCUCCGCCGCGCCCAGGACGUCCGCAAGCAGCUCCUCGGCAUCAUGGACCGCUACAACCACGACAUCAUCACCUGCGGCAAAAACUACAACCGCGUCCGCAAGGCCAUCUGCUCGGGCUACUUUCGCAACGCCGCCAAAAAGGACCCGCAGGAGGGCUACAAGUGCCUCGCAGAGGGCGGCGGCACCGUCUACAUCCACCCGUCCAGCUCCCUCUUUAACCGCGCUCCCGAGUACUGCAUCUACCACGAGGUCGUCCUCACCACGCGCGAGUACAUGCGCGAGGUCACGGCCAUCGAACCAAAGUGGCUCGUCGAGGUCGCACCGCGCUUCUUCCGCCCCGCAGACGCCUCGCAGAUCUCGCGCAGGAAGCGCCAGGAGAAGAUCGCCCCGCUGUUUGACAAGUACGCCAAGAACCAGGACGAGUGGCGUCUCUCCAAGGUCAAGCGCGUCGGCCGCAGCAGCCAGACGUUUGGCUGA